UACAGCUGCUAUGUCCACAUGUCCUGGGCAUUGCAUAUACCAAUUCAACCUGCCUCAAUUUCCAAACCACAACUUCACAUAUUCUCUUCCAAUUGUCUCCUUCCUGAUUGAUGGCACCUGGGAAGGUAUAAAGGAAAAAAAAAAAAAGCCAUUAAAUACAACGGAUGAGUGUGGAGUUUACAUUGAGCAAGCUGUGCCUGUUUUUGCCAACAUGUCCAAACUAGUGGAAUGUGUGCCAAAUUUCUCAGAGGGCAGGAACAAAGAGACUAUAGAUGCCCUUGCUGCAGCUAUUUCUCAGACUGGGGGAUGCCGCUUGCUGGAUGUUGACCCUGGACCUUCUACAAACCGCACAGUGUUUACUUUUGUUGGGAACCCGGAGGCUGUUAUUGAAGGCGCUCUAAAUGCAGCACGUGUGGCCUUUCAAAUGAUUGACAUGCGAAAGCACAAAGGUGAGCAUCCUCGGAUGGGAGCUCUUGAUGUCUGUCCCUUUAUUCCUGUCCGAAAUGUGACUAUGGAAGAGUGUGUGACCUGUGCUAAUCGCUUCGCAGAGAGACUUUCUGAAGAACUUCAUGUUCCAGUAUACCUGUAUGGUGAAGCUGCUCGGAGCGAGAGCAGAAGAUCCCUACCUGCUGUGAGGGCUGGAGAGUAUGAAGGUCUUCAUACCAAGUUACAGAGUCCAGAAUGGGCUCCAGAUUAUGGAAAGCCUAUCUUUAUUCCUAGCUGGGGAGCCAGUGUUUGUGGAGCUCGUAAAUUUCUAAUAGCUUAUAAUGUUAAUUUGCUGACCACUAAAGAGUUGGCACAUCGCAUUGCCUUGAAUAUUCGAGAAGGAGGUCGUGGAAAGGAACAGCCUGGAAGUCUUAAAAAGGUCCAGGCUCUUGGGUGGUUCCUGGAGGAGGAAAAUUUAGCUCAAGUAUCUGCAAAUCUACUGGAUUAUGAGAUAAGUUCUCUGCACAUGGUCUAUGAAGAGAUCUGCAAGGAUGCCAAGGAGUUGAACCUUCCUGUGCUUGGUUCUCAACUUGUGGGCCUUAUUCCCCUCCGAGCUCUGAUGGAUUCUGCCGAGUUUUACAUCAAACAAGAGAACUUAUUUAUACUAGAGGAGGAACACAAACUCCGAUUGGCCAUUAACAGACUUGGUUUGGACUCUUUGUCUCCUUUUGAACCUCGGAAAAGAAUUAUUGAGUACUUGGUCCAGGAUGACUGCUCUGAACGUGCUCUUGUGAAGCAGACUGUGGAAACGUUUGUGCAUAGUGUAAGAGCUCGCUCUGCCACCCCUGGAGGAGGCUCCGUGUCAGCUGCUGUAGCUGCCAUGGGGGCUGCCCUGGGCUGUAUGGUGGGACAGAUGACUUAUGGGAAACGUCAGUUUGAAUCUUUGGAUGGAGUUAUGCGGGAGCUGAUUCCCCCAUUCCAUACUGCAGUUGACCAUCUUCUCUGCGCAGUAGAUGCUGAUUCCAAUGCAUUUGGAAGCUACAUGGCAGCCCUGAAGCUCCCCAAACGUACUGCAGAAGAACAGCAAAAGAGGUCUUCUGCGCUACAAGAAGGACUGAAGGAAGCCAUUGGCGUGCCUCUUCGCCUGGCUGAGAAGAUUAAUACUUUGUGGCAACCUUUACUGGAUUUGUCGAAACAUGGGAACAUUGCAUGUAUAUCUGACUUGCAGGUUGCAGCUAAAGCUCUAGAAACUGGAGUUUCUGGGGCUUAUUUUAACGUUCUGAUCAAUCUGAAGGAAAUCGGCGAUGCAGAGUUCAAGAUGCAGACCCGGAAUAAAGUCUCACAGCUAUUGGAUGAAGCAAAGAGCUGCAUGGAGUCUGUGCUACGAGAGUGCGAGGCCCGAGUCUGAGAUCAUGUUGAUAAUGAGCAUAAAAUAAACUUAAAACCUCUUGUUAAUGA